AUGGCCGAGCCGAGCGCAGAUCUAUCCGUCCGCCCCGAAAUUCCCGAGGACAAGCUGAUCCUCUAUGUCAAAAAAGCGAGUCCCACAUCCACGGCCAACGCCGUAAAGCCGUUGAUGCUGAUUGAGGCCCUGAAUAUUCCUCAUACAAUCCACAUUAUUACAUCAACUAGCAACGAGACAUGGUUCCAUGCGAUAAACCCCUACAAAAUGGUUCCCGCGAUGGAAGAUGUCGAGAUCUAUCAGGUCAAUGGCAAGCCGCAGCGGCUGAACGUGUUUGACAGUUCUGCUUGCCUAACGUACCUCGCAGAGAAGUACGACAAAGAAGGAAUUUACAAUGGAAAAGACCUCUGCGAACGAACCAUUGUCAUGAACUGGCUGAUGUCUUACACUGCGGGUCUGGGCGCGACCGGGAAGAUCUGGCUCUUGAUGAAAGCGCCGAAGCCAGUAGAUAUUGGCGAGUCUCUUUCUGUGCUGCUAAAGUACAUUCGUACAGAAUAUCAAUUGCUGGAGACCCGCUUGAAUGAGCCCGGUCAAGAUUGGAUCGCUUUACCUGACAGACCGACAAUUGCGGAUUUUGCCAUCUUGCCCCUGGCAAACGAAGCUAUCGCAACUUCUGCCGAGUUGGAUUUCAACGAAUGGCCAAAACUGAAGGAAUGGAGUGAAAGAAUUAGCAAGUUACCUCCAGUCCAGAAAGCCUUGAAUCGUAUCGCUCGGUUUGGAUUAUCCGACGCAGAGCUUAAAGAGAUGGAUCGCGAGGCUUAG